AUGCUGAAAACAUGCAAUGGUGCAAAAGUAAUCGUUCUUGAUAAAUUUCCUAGCGAUCCAGAACAAGAAAAUCGAGUGUUAUUAAAGCCACUCAAUAAACGGCUCGUAAGACGUCAAAUUAUUUGUCCAAAGCCAUAUCAUGUUUGGAUUUCGGCUAAUCAAUGUGUUUGGAGUUGUGGUGAAGGUACUCAACCUGAUACUACAACUAAUGAAUGUGUCUGUGAAAAUGGAUAUUAUGAGAUAGGUACUGAUGAAUUUGGAAGAAGAAUCUGUGCUAAGUGUCCGGAACCAUAUCAUGUUGUGACUUCGGAUAAACGAUGUGUUUGGAGUUGUGGUGAAGGUACUGAACCUGAUAACACAACUAAUGAAUGUGUCUGUCAAAAGGGAUAUUAUGAAACGGGUACUGAUGGCUUUGGAAGAAGAAUUUGUUCACCAUUAUAA